GAACAUUAGCUAGCUAAAAUAACUGGAACUAAGGAUAUAGCUUCCGAAGUGUGGCCAACGACCAAUACCACCCAAAUGUGGAUUUAAUUGGUGAAAAAUGUCAAAAUUCUGGAAUGGGAUUACUCAAGGAUUUCUUUGAUGUGUACUGCAUUUACCUCCGAUUUAGCUGUGGCUACCUCUCAAGCUAGCCGAAUCGGAACAAUCGGCGGAUAACUGGCUAACUAACGUUAAACGUAACUAGCUAGCUAAUUCUUUAACGUCAGUACUAGGACGGAGCACGUUUCAUCGCUAAAAAUACACAAAACGAAUGUUGUUACUGUCAUGAGUCCAGCCGGGUGCCCCCAUGUGAACGGGUUCAAAGUGGAUAACUGGAAACAGAAUCUACGGGUCAUUUACCAAUGCUUUGUGUGGAGUGGGUCUGCCGAAACCAGGAAACGCAAGGCCAAGUCGUGUGUCUGUCACAUGUGCGGCGCCCACCUGAACCGGCUCCACUCCUGCCUCUACUGCGUCUUCUUCGGCUGCUUCACCAAGAAACACAUCCACGAGCACGCCAAAAACAAACGACACAAUCUAGCUAUAGAUCUAUUGUACGGAGGUAUAUAUUGCUUUGUGUGCCAAGACUACAUAUACGACAAAGAUAUGGAACAGAUUGCCAAAGAGGAACAAAGGAAAGCGUGGAAAUUGCAAGGUGUAGGGGAGAAGUAUUCGACGUGGGAGCCCACCAAACGAGAGCUGGAGCUGCUGCGGCACAAUCCAAAGCGUCGGAAGAUGACGACAAACUGCACCAUCGGUCUUCGAGGUCUGAUCAACCUGGGCAACACGUGUUUUAUGAACUGUAUCGUCCAGGCCCUCACCCAUACACCCCUGCUGCGGGACUUCUUCCUGUCCGACAGACACAAGUGUGAAAUGCAGUCCAACUCCUGUCUGGUGUGUGAGAUGUCCCAGCUCUUUCAGGAGUUCUACUCAGGCCACCGUUCGCCCCACAUUCCCUUCCGACUGCUGCACCUGGUGUGGACUCACGCGCGCCACCUAGCGGGUUACGAGCAGCAGGAUGCCCACGAGUUCCUCAUCGCUGCCCUGGACGUGUUGCACCGCCACUGCAAAGGAGAUGAUAACGGGAAGAAGGCCAACAACCCCAAUAACUGCAACUGCAUCAUCGACCAAAUCUUCACCGGGGGUCUGCAGUCUGACGUCACCUGUCAAGUCUGCCAUGGUGUUUCCACGACGAUAGACCCGUUCUGGGACAUCAGUCUGGACCUGCCGGGGUCGUCCACGCCCUUCUGGCCCCUCAGCCCCGGGGGAGACGGCAGCACACUCAACGGAGAGAGCCACCUCUCAGGGGCCACCACACUCACAGACUGUCUACGCAGGUUUACCCGACCAGAGCACUUAGGGAGCGGCGCCAAGAUUAAGUGUAGCGGUUGCCAUAGUUACCAGGAGUCCACCAAACAGCUGACUAUGAAGAAGCUCCCCAUUGUGGCGUGUUUCCACCUCAAAAGGUUUGAACACUCUGCGAAGCUGCGGAGGAAGAUCAUUACGUACGUCUCGUUCCCCUUAGAGCUGGACAUGACUCCCUUCAUGGCCUCCAGUAAAGAGAACAGGAUGAACGGACAGUACCAGCAGUCAGUAGACGUUUUCAAUGACAAUAAGUAUUCUCUGUUUGCGGUGGUCAACCACCAAGGUACUCUGGAGAGCGGUCACUACACCACGUUCAUCCGACAGCACAUGGACCAGUGGUUCAAGUGUGACGACGCCAUCAUCACCAAGGCCAGCAACAAGGACGUGUUGGACAGUGAAGGGUACCUUUUGUUCUACCAUAAACAGUUUCUGGAGUAUGAAUAGUCAGCUUCCUUCAGCACUGAUGUCAACAGCCGCCAAGAGUUGCGCCACAACAAAAUGGCAACGUGACACAAGCCCACCUGAAACUCUACAUCAGUGAAGAUUGAAGCCGUGGGAAUGGAGGCAAAGGAAAACAAAUCCCGCAUCCUUUCUAACUAAAGGACACUCCAAAACCAAUCUGCAUGGAAGCUACUACGUAGGAUCUACUUGAUAGGACGGAAAGGAGGAAGAGGAGGGGGAAGAUUGCAGAAUGGAGAGAGAAACGAGAAGCCUUUGUUGGAAGAUGAGGUGCUUCACUCUCUCGCUCUCCUCUCCUAUCGUUUCGGGCAGAUGAAGGAACAGUCCGACAGUGGCCACAUCUCAUAAAAAACAGUCAACUUCACGUUGUAUUAUUUUUCUGAAAUCCAUAAUUCCACUCCCCCCCCACACACACACACACACACACACACACACACACACACACACACACACACACACACACACACACACACACACACACACACACACACACCCAUCUCCCAAGUGACCAAACAUUUCUGAGGGAAGACAUUUGGUUGUCUAAGUUCAUUAUAUGCAUUGUUAUUGCUCUGAAUGCAAAACAAGCUGACAAAUUAUAUUUAAGAACAUUGCAAACACCAGAAGAGAUGACUAUAAUCGUUGGUUGAACUUUUUAGUUUUGAAAAUACUGUAUGAUGAAUCUAGCGCACAUUUUUUUCUUCUUUUUUUUACUGCAAAAAAGAUGGAGGUAGAGAAAGGGAGGUUGUUGUUCUGUGAAAAGCCCCCCCCCUCUUUUUUGUCCUUUUUUUUUUUUUCUUUGAGGGCAGGGAAAAUAUAGAAGUAUAUUUUUAUAAGUCAUUUGAGUCCUUGUUCACGGUGUCCAAUGUUUCCCCCCCUCCCUCGAACCCCUGUGCUUGUUAUGUUGUGCAGUCAAUCGUGUAUUUUUGAAAAAUGUAUGCUUCUUCUCAUGAGACUGCUGUUGUGGAGCCCUUUUUCACAUUUGUUGGUUGGUUUGUCUGUUUCUUGUGAUGGGAUAAUUAUUUUGUUGCUGACAUGGUUGUGAAGAUGUUUCAGGUGAUGCGUUGUUGUGAAUAAGAAAAAGACGAGCAUUAUUCUGACACGGUGUGUGUCCUGCCGCGGCUCGAUCCAACAGUGUUAAACUUUGGCCACAUGUUUCUCUAAUUGUGUGUGUGUGUGUGUGUGUGCACAUGUGUUGUGCGCAUGUUUGUGUACUGAAUCAGUACUUCUUUUUCACAUGAUAAUUAUGUAUGUUAAAGUAUGUAUGUAUGUUUAAAAAAGGAAACCAAGGUAGAAACUGAGUUCCUUUAUCCAUGUUGCUGGAAAAGGUCAAGGGUUAUUAUGCUAGUCAAAAUACAUCCCCCACACUUUAUCUGCUGCAAGAACUGGACACUGAUGGUGAGACACACACAAUAAACAUCUAUAUCUAUA